AAUACUAGUAUAAUUUGAGUAUAAAAAUAAUCAAACUACGCAAUUGUUUUAUUACUAUUUUUUCUUAAUUGUUUUACGUAGAUAGUAAAAAGGCGUCUUAUGUCAUUGCUGGGCAUUACAUAAACAAGCCUUAAAAAUAGAUAACUUCCCACAAGUGGGGCUCAAUACAUUGGUGGCAUUUCAUAUUAGAGUCAUCGAUAAUCUAAAGUUAGGUCCUAUCUUUAAAAUUUCUUGGUCUGCUUAUUAUAGAUGAUCAGGCCACAUGUCUAUAAUUGUUUGUACAAAUAGAUUCAGUUAGCUUUUCAUUAAACAAGUAUGCUUUUGUCUUUAAUUAUAUGCAGGAAGAAACAAAAUCAACGCGAAACCCAAAGUGACGGGCUUGUGACUUGCAUAGUUUUUGAGAAAAUGCUUUUGAAAGUUUUUUUUUCUCGUUUUUCGACUGAUUCAAUCACGACAAACUUUAACAUAAAUGUUUGAAGCAGAGACCGAUUCACUUUUCCAAGUAUUCAGCGGUGAUGCGCCCGCUGACAAUUUUGAUGAUGCCAUGGACGAAGAUUUCUCCAGUGACGACGAAAAGAUCAAUACUUUUAAACGCUCUUUAUCUGAAGAGGCAGAGAACGAACCUAAAAAGCCAAAGUUGGCCUUAGAGUCCAAAGAAACACAAAGAGCAAGAGACGACAUUUGUAACCCUGUUGUUGCAGAUACCUUCGAACAAGAAACAUCAAGAGCUGUUGCCAACAUUGCAGGUCUCCAAGCUACAACAACCGAAGAAGGAGAGAAGCUUGUUUUGAGCCAUCAAGUUAGACAUCAAGUUGCCGUACCACCUAAUUACCCUUAUGUGCCUAUUUCUCAGCAUGUACCUCCUGUCGAUCCUGCUCGUGUGUAUCCUUUCACCUUAGAUCCUUUCCAACGUGUCGCUGUGUCUUCAAUUGAACGAAAUGAAUCCGUUCUUGUUUCUGCGCAUACUUCUGCCGGUAAAACUGUUGUUGCCGAAUAUGCUAUUGCCCAAUGUUUAAAGAAUAAGCAACGUGUCAUUUAUACUUCUCCUAUCAAGGCUUUGUCUAACCAAAAGUAUCGUGAAUUUACAGAAGAAUUCGGUGAUGUAGGUUUGAUGACUGGUGAUGUAACGAUUAAUCCUCAGGCAUCGUGUCUUGUAAUGACGACAGAAAUUUUAAGAUCCAUGUUAUAUCGUGGUUCCGAAAUUAUGCGUGAAGUUGCUUGGGUAGUUUUCGAUGAAAUUCAUUAUAUGAGAGAUUCAGAGCGUGGUGUUGUUUGGGAAGAGUCUAUCAUCUUACUUCCUGACGCUGUCAGAUUUGUCUUCUUAUCUGCCACUAUCCCCAAUGCAAUGGAAUUUGCCGAAUGGAUCUGUAAAAUUCAUCAACAGCCUUGUCAUAUUGUUUACACCGAUUUCCGUCCUACACCUCUUCAACAUUAUUUAUUCCCUGCUGGUGGUGAUGGUAUUCAUUUAGUUGUCGAUGAAAAGAGUAGAUUCAGAGAAGAUAAUUUCCAGAGAUCGAUUGCUGCUUUGACAGAAAAUAAGGGCGAUGAUCCUAGUGCUAUUCAAGCCCGUGGAAAAGGAAAGAAGGGUCAAACUAAUAAGGGUGGUAAACAAGACGGACCUUCGGAUAUUUACAGAAUCAUUAAAAUGGUCAUGAUGAAAAACUAUCACCCCGUUAUUGUGUUCAGUUUUUCAAAGAAAGAAUGUGAGUCCAACGCUCUUCAAAUGUCAAAGUUAGAUUUCAACGAUGAAAGUGAACGUGAUAUGGUUUCCCAAGUAUUCACCAACGCUAUUUCUUCUUUAAGUGAAGACGACCGUCAACUUUCUCAAAUUCAACAACUUUUACCUUUAUUGCGCCGUGGUAUCGGAGUACAUCACGGUGGUCUUUUACCUAUUAUGAAAGAAACCAUCGAAGUUCUUUUCCAAGAAGGUCUGUUGAAGGUAUUGUUUGCAACCGAGACUUUCUCCAUUGGUUUGAACAUGCCUGCCAAAACUGUUGUCUUUACAAGUGUUCGUAAGUUCGAUGGUAAGUCCAUGCGUUGGGUCUCAUCCGGUGAAUAUAUUCAAAUGUCCGGUCGUGCUGGUCGUCGUGGUCUUGAUGAGCGUGGUGUUGUUAUCAUGAUGAUUGAUGAAAAGAUGGAGCCUGCAGUUGCAAAGGAUAUGGUGAAGGGUGAAUCUGAUCGUAUGAACUCUGCUUUCCAUUUGAGUUACAACAUGAUUUUAAAUUUAUUGCGUGUUGAAGGUGUCAGUCCUGAAUACAUGCUGGAAAAAUGUUUCUUCACUUUCCAAAACGAUGCUAAUAUUCCUCAGUACGAAAAGGAAAUGUCCCAGUUAGAAGAAGAAAGAGACAGCAUUGUCGUAGAAAGAGAAGAGGAAAUCGCUGGAUACUAUGAAAUUCGUAAACAAAUCGAUACCUAUACACAAGAUGUUCGCGAUGUCAUGAACCACCCAACUUAUGCUUUACCAUUCUUACAACCUGGUCGUUUAGCUCGUAUCAAAUAUGACAACAUGGAUUUCGGUUGGGGUGUAGUCGUUUCGUACAGCAAAGUCAGCGGUAAAGGAAAAAAAGAUCCUAAUGCAGAACCUGAAUAUAUUAUGGACGUCCUUUUAUAUUGCUCAAACGAUAGUUCAGCUUCCAAAGAUGCGACCGGACAUACUGUUGGCAUCAAACCCGCGCCACGUGAUAACGAGGGUCAACUUAUGACCAUCCCUGUCGCACUCAAAGCUAUUGAAUGUAUGAGCCAUAUCCGUCUCAAUCUUCCCAAGAACCUUCGCAACAAGGAUUCCCUUAAGGCAAUUUAUAAAUCUAUUUUAGAAGUUAAGAAGAGAUUCCCUGAUAAUAUCCCUCUCUUGGACCCUAUCAAGAAUAUGGGCAUCAAGGAUCCUGCUUUCCAAAAAUUGGUAUCUAAAAUUGUUGUUUUGGAAAAGACAUUACUUUCCCAUCCUUUAGCUCAAUCCGAAGACCUUCCUGCCUUAUACGAUAAGUACACCAGUAAAAUGGAAGUCACCAACAAGAUUAAAGCACUUAAAAGAAGAAUUACCGAUGCACAAUCGAUUGUACAAUUAGAAGAACUUAAAAAUAGAAAACGUGUUAUGCGAAGACUUGGUUUCACAACUCCAUCAGAUGUUGUUGAAAUGAAGGGUCGUGUUGCUUGUGAAAUCAGUACUGGUGAUGAAUUAUUAUUAACAGAAAUGAUGUUCCAAGGUGUGUUUAAUGACUUAUCAGUGGAUCAAGCAGUAGCACUUUUAAGUUGUUUUGUCUUUGACGAAAAGGUCGAGACAAAAGCCAAGCUUCAAGAAGAACUUUCUGCGCCACUUAGGUUAAUGCAGGAAACUGCACGUCGUAUUGUGAAGGUAUCUAAUGAGUGUAAAAUGAACAUGGAAGAGCAAACCUAUGUGGAUAAAUUCAAGCCUGAAUUGAUGGAUGUUGUGUUUGCUUGGUGUCAAGGAGCCAAAUUCUAUCAAAUCUGUAAAAUGACCGAGGUUUAUGAAGGUUCUCUUAUUCGUAUCUUCAGACGUCUCGAAGAGCUUUUAAGACAAAUGUGUGCUGCUGCCAAGAGUAUUGGUAAUUCUGAAUUAGAAAACAAGUUUUCAGAAGGUAUCAACAGAAUUCACAGAGACAUUAUUUUCGCUGCUUCCCUUUAUUUGUAAUUUACUUCUCUUCUUCAAUCAUACGCCUUUCAUAUUUCCCAACCAAUCCCCCUUUGGCUAAAAAAAAACUAAAGCAUUUUUUUAUGUAUAAUACAAUGGAAUAAAAUAUAAUAAUCCUAUCAAGUAUCUUACUUUUGGCAUACAGUGGGUUUUCAGACACGGGGGACAUGUCUGGAG